AUGAUUGUAGCAAUGAUAUCUAAUGAUUUUCAAAAGCCGAAACGUUCAGAAUUUGCUCCAUUACUCGAUAAACUAAUUGAUCAGCUGACUGAACUGGAAAAUGGAAUUGAUAUAUAUUUACCACAUGAAUAUAAUACUCGUCAUUCAUACUCUUGUUUUACUACUCGUAUUUCUGUAUACUUGACAGGUAUUGUUUGUGAUAAGCCUGCCCAAAACUAUCAUUCAGAACAUGACGGACAGUGGUGGAUUUUAUGGAUGUAGCUGCUGUCAGAUUACAGGUAGCAAUUUUUUCUAAGGAACUAUAUGUCAAUAUUUCGUAGUGUGUACGUGUUUAGGAGAAACCAUUGCUACCGGUAAAGGUCAUGUUCAUUGUUUUCCAUUUGAUUUUGCAAAUAAAUCCGAUCUCCGUUCAAAUGUAACAUAUGAUGCAGCUAUGAAAAUCUUAAAUACAGUACACUAAUAAUGACUAAGAUUUUCUCUUUCAAUUUCUACAUUCUUUUAGUGUGAUCAACAAAAGCGACAUUGGAUCCCACUCAUGGGUGUUAAAAAUAAUAAUAUCAGAGGGCAUUUUGGACCAUGUGCUUUGAGAAGAUUACGUUACUGUGACAUGGGUCAGUCGUUUUUGGUUGAUUCUUUUACAUAGGUUGUAUGUGGGAACAUUUGUAAGUUGAUUAAUUGUUCAGCUUUAUUUAUAUUUAAUAUGGUAUCUUCCUUGAGAAGAAGAUGAAGUUGAAUACUUUCUGUCUUUUUUAAAAUUAUUUCUCAGAACUUUAAAUUUGUGCAAUUAAAUCUACUUAAAACUUGAUAUUUUUACUGCAUAGCUUAAAUUCUCCAUCUUAAGUCUUUGUUUUAACGAAAAAAAAAUAGUACUUCUACUGAUGUAAUUCUCUGAACUUGAUGUAAUUGUUAUUCUCAACAUAUUUAUUUAGUCAUUCACGAAACUAGCUUUUCUAUAAUAUUUUUUCUUUUAUACACAGUUUAGGAUGCUAAAAAUUUGGAUGGAGUCCCCAACUACUAAAGCGAAUUCAAGCUCGACGUCAGUGUUUCGAUGAAGAAAAGAAGUUGAAGAAAUUUUGAUUCAAUUCGUUUUCCUACAUUACCGUAUAGAGUUCAACGUUAUCUGCAUAAUUUUAAUCAAUAUAAAGCCAUCAAAUAAAGGAUGUCUUUUGGUGCGAUACAAGUAAAUACUUACCUUAUGAACUACACCUUGAUAUGAAAGAAUUCUCUUAUACUAUUUUCUUGUAGUUGUUUUCAAUACGUCUUAACUAAACUUCAGUAUAAACAUCUUCAAGCUCUAGCUUUGCUGUUCAUAUUGCCGAGUCAACUAACAUUGAUGCUUUAGGAGUGAAAACUAUUAACACUUUGCUGGAAUAUUUUGAAGAGUACUUUCAACGUCUCUAUAUAGUAACUUAAAAAUAAAACCACGUUAUUGUAAAAAUUUUCUUUUUUGACAGAAACGCCACACGGUCUCAGCCGUGCACUCAGUUACACAUCGUGCUUCCUGCGUUCGCGACUUCGAGUCUAUAAUGAAUUUUUCUAGCUUUAACUUCGAAUCAGUCAAGGGUAUCUAUAUGAUUACUCUUUCGCGAAAAAAUUCUUUAUUACAGGUAUUUUAAUUUUAAAGGACAAGUGGUGGUAAGGCCAUUUUUCAUUCCCCAAUACUUUUCAAAAAAAAUUAUAUCGUUAGAAUCGGCAUUAAAUUCUGAACAAAAUAGGCUAUUUGAUUUUUUACCGACUUCAAAAAACAUUUUUUUCGUCGAAAUUUUCGUGAUCUAUAGGUUAUCGACACUACUGAUCACGAAUAUCAUAUUCAUUUUGCUUUAAAAUGCUCGAAGUGACCAAAAAGCUGCGAAAAAAGUUAGUUUCUGAGAUUCACCGUUUUCGACCCUUUUUAGUUUUUGAUCGAUUUGGACCGAAAAAACUGCUUUGAGAACAAUCAAAAUAUUGUUCUGAUUCAUAAAAUUAGUUGCUCUACUCGAAUCAUGCCAAAUGAGAACUUAGAAAAAAAUUUUUCGCUCUUUUGUGUACUCAAAAAGUGAGUACACUCUAGAAUCGGUCAGUGUGUCCGUCUGGCCUCCGGUUACACGAUAACUUUUGAAAGGAGAGUCCGAUCGCGAUGAAAUUUUCUACACAGUUCAGUCUUAACAAUAUCUCAGUCCAGUUCGAAGAUGAGAAGAAUUGGCCGAACCGUUCCUGAGUUAUUGCAAAAAUACUCAUUUUUCCCUAUGGUUUCCUAUGCGAAAAUCGAUCCAUCCCCGCUUUCGUAAAAACAUUUUCCUAUCAUAGUCAAACAAAACCCCAACUAUUAUAUACCAUUCGAUAGAGAAUUUUACGAGCUAGAAAAUGGUAUAUGAAACAUAAAGAAACAAGAAGGCUAGCUCACCUAUUGCAAAGAUAAAUAAACGGAAAUCGGUU